AUGUCUGUAUCUUCAAGUUCGACUUUGAUGCUUAGUGUGGUUUUAAUAGUCAUGUUUCAAAUGAUAGAUGGCACAUGCAAGACCCGAGAAUCUGGAAUAGCUAAGAACUGUGCUGAGCUUUACAAGUGCGGUCAAACCAUCAGUGAUGUUUAUACAAUCGACCCUGAUGGUUCAGGUGCCUUUAAUGUCUAUUGUGACCAGACAACAGCCGACGGAGGAUGGACAGUGAUCCAGAAGAGGGUGGAUGGCACCGUGGAUUUCAAUCGCACCUGGAAUGAUUAUAAAAAGGGAUUCGGUAAUUUUCUUAUUCGUGAAUUUUGGCUCGGACUGGACAAGAUCCAACGCCUGACCCAAAACAAGAGAGAAAACAAACUCCGCGUGGAUCUGGGAGUAACUGACGACAAAACUGUCUACGCAGAGUAUGAAUGGUUUGGUAUUGAGAACGAGACAGCUGAUUACAAGCUGCACAUCGGCAAGUUUUCAUCUGCAACCGUUAAGGAUUCCCUAUCCAUUCAUAAUGGCAUGUUAUUCGGUACCUGGGACAGACUUCCAGCUGACCGUGAUUGUGCACUGAGAUUAGGAGGAGGCUGGUGGUACCUGUACUUUGAUAAAUAUUGUACUGUUUCCUCAAAUCUCAACGGGAUCUAUCCUCAUCGUGGAAGUAAUUCUCGAAUUCACUGGGCAAAUUUAAACAGUGAAGCUAAAAACAACAAUCCCAGAUCAGCUGAAAUGAAAAUCAGACCAGUGGACUUUUUUUAA